AGUUAUACCGCUGAAGAUGGCGUGAUGAGUUACUUGGAGACGUGCGAAACGAUUCGAGCCGGCGGUUGGACAACGGUUUGGGAUACUUCGGCGAAGUCGUACUACUCGUACAAGGGUACCACGUGGUUAUCAUACGAAAGUUUGGCAUCCUUGGAAAACAAGAUAAACCUAGCCAGAGGAAACGCGAUCGGCGGUCUGGCGAUGUGGGACAUGGCAGGUGACGAUGUGAAAAAUAUCUGCUUAGGAGGUAAAUUUACCCUGCUCCGUUUCAUCGCCGAAGCGUUGAUUAGGAAGGCGGGGGAUGAAAAUGAAGGAACAACUAUUAUUAUACCGCAAACAACGAAAGCGGCAGUAACAACGACAACAACAAUUACUACAACGCAAGCUACCCCUGGUUCCGAGUUCCCUCAAUACUGUCCCACUAGCGGAUUCUAUAGGGAUCCACUAGAUUGUGCUUCGUUCUACCGGUGUGUUGGCGGGGCGAAAUUUGUUAACCUGGGAAGGACAACGUGUGGAACGGGGUUGUAUUUCGACACCAAGGCGAACGUGUGCAAUUACGCGAAGAAUGUUAACUGCAGCUAGGUAACAAGAUUCUGCCUAAUUUUAUUAUUGGCCAAUAAAAAUGCAACUUCAACUGAGAUUAAGGUUAAGAAUUUUUCUUUCACAGUGUGUGUGGCUUAAUUUCACGAUAAACGUCACAUUAUUAAACUACACAAUGAUUCCAAUAUUAUAAGCCAGAUACAAAAAUUUUUCGCUGGUAUAACUCAAUAUUUUUAGUUGAAAAACAGCUCAUGUUUGAAAGAAGGACAUAUAUUUCAAGGCAUUUGACCAAAAAACGGACCAAUGUCAAAGGCCAAUAGACACUCUAGUAUGUAAAUAUACGUUAUUCUUGGCAAAGCUAAGUUUGAAAUUCUUGUUCUCUGAAACAUGUUUGGUUCACUAGCACCGAUUUAAACUGAACCCAUGGCUUAGCUAAGUAGUUCAAAUGCAGUUUCAUA